AUGGCUCCUGACGCUGCGCAGAGAAAGGCGGGAUUGGAUAGGAUGAUUGGUGAGAUGAGUAAGACUGGUAUCGAAGAAGCAGCUGACGGCUACACUCUUGGCUGGGACAUUGUGGUCACUUACUCCGAAAAGGAGAUCAAUGAUAUUCUCCGGCGAAAGUGGGAGAAGGCGAGACAGGACUCCAACCGCAACAUGUUGACCACCAUCGAAGUCCAUCAAAGCUCAUAUGAUGACGAGACGGGAAUGUACAGAUAUUCCUGGAGAACGAUGGAGCUAGGACCCCCGCGCGUUGAGUUCGGUGGCACAACCGAGCCUUCUGUGAACCUGGUCCUACCGGUGGAAAACAUCUAUUAUCAGAAGUCGAACAAGGAGAAGACGAAGAUCGGCGAGAGAAAGAAACAGCUCGACGUUCCGAACCCAUUCGACGUCAGGCUCUCUGGGAUCAGACUCGGUUCCGUCGUGGGCAAGUAUGAUGCUAUCAUGCAGCCUAAGCAAGAGGGCAAGGUCGCAAACGCUGAUACACUCUCUGUUCCUGUUUUGUCUUCCCAGAAGACAGUUGUGUUUCGGGAGGACAACACAAAGCCGACUGAUAAGGACUUUGAAAAUGCCUGGGUGGUUUUGGAUUUUCCAAUGGGCGAAACAGCCUUGAAGGUGGACGUCUCCUGCAACGUGCAAAAGAAGAGCGAUGACGACGAGGUUUAUGAGUUGGCUUACGCGCAGACAAACAUCUUCCGCGGCGUUGCAAACUCCUACUUCAAGGAUGGGUCAGACAAGAUUGAUAUUCUUGAAUACGCCAUGGCCACCAUCAAGAACAUCCCGGAGUACAACGGGGCAGUCACGGCGGACCUCACACCCGUCAGCUUUCGCUUCGCGACUUUCAAAACGGAUCUCCAGGAGGGGGCCGCGCUUUCUCUCUUCAUCCAAACCCUCUCGGGGUCCAACUCCGGGACUCAGAUGGACUUGCAAGGCCGUUGGAUAGGAUCGUGGACGAAGCAUGGAAUCAGCCCCCUCCCAGCAGGCUACACCGCAUCAAUUCUGAUCAAUCCUCACCUGGCAUACGAAGCAAUGCUCAAGCCUGGUCUGGAGAAGAAUGGCGAAUUCACUGUCGAAAGUAUCAUGGCCAACAAAGAGGGUGGCAUAUCAUUUUCUGCCAGAUAUCAGCAGACAUGGUCAGUCGGCACCACGUACUAUGAUUAUAAGGGCAAGGUCUACGAGUGUCGUCUCUGGAUCGAUGGGUGGUACGCAGAUCUCAAGAACACAGACUCUGCACCUGUGGCCAAGGUGGACUGGGAAUUCAGCGUAGACAACAAGUGGAAGGACACGUCCAGGCACGAACGCCCCGAAGCCUUUGGCAACCAUAUCCUAUUCAUGGAGGAGAAUAUGAGAACCCAGUACAAAUUGCACAAGGAUCUUGGCCUUCACAUCCAGGUGACCGACAAGAAUUUUACCUUUGACAUCAAUACGGAUGACCUCCAUACACUCUGGGAUAUCAAUACAAGUCCCAGAGACGCGGAUGGAGAUUGGUUCGACCGAGCCUCAACUGCGAUGAACAACUUUGUGUCUGCGAGCCCUCCGGACGCCAUUCACAAGAAGCGAGAGGAGUGGAUGAGCGGCCUGCGGCCUUCCAUCGACUUCAACGCUGUAGGACUCGGGUUCUUCCUAACGACAAACCUUCUGAAUCCAGGCGCGAAGAUCAUCAAGCUUGACCCCAACGUCUUGAGGAUCCCCAGAGAUAUCGUCCUGGUCGGAGACGUCGAACAAGGUACGGAUACGGUCAAAGCGCAGGCGUGAUAAGGCGGACGGUGUGCAUGCGCACAUGACAGUAGGUGCCGGCAACCUGGAAUGAAUUGUCGUGGAAUACUGCCCGCCAUUUCUCAAGAAGACAUGGGAUGAGGAACGAAUAUAUAGAAUGUGAAAUGUUUAUAUUUCUUUCCCUUGGAACAAGGCAUCCAAUGGUCCACCAACGCCGUGCUAUAUCAUUUGAAUCCCAAAGCUAAUAACUCAUCAUUUGAACGCCAGUCGUAAUGUCUCAUGUCUCAUAUGACCUUCUCCUACAUCUUCGCGCGGGGUUUCUGGCCCUUUAGUCAAUCCUCACGGCUAUCGGCCUGGACGCGUUUCACCACCUCGACGAGCUGAGGGUAGAUCUUC